AUGGGUUCCAUACGCCACCACGGCAGGCCCAAACAGCUGGACCUUUUGAAGCAACAGAACAACUGGAACAUUUUGGGGAAACUUUCAGGACUGGAUCUCAACAAAACAUUUCCUGUAUCAUCCCUUAAAAAGAGAGGCUGUAAUGUUUGGACCCACCCACAGAGACAGAAGAACCUCAUACUGAACAACCUGCUGAUCCUCACCAAAUUCUUCAUCCACUCCUGGCGCGCUCCCGACACAGGGAACAGAUUUUCACACAAGACCAGCUCCAAGUUCAGACGGUUCCAGGAAGCUGAGAGCUUCAUGCUGGUGAAGCCAGGAGGAGCUGAAGCACAGAAUCGCUUCCAGCUUCCUGCAGGAAACAGGAAGUUCCCUCUGCUCCCUCAGGCGUUUAUAACCGCGAGCUGCUGCUCAGGAAACCAGAGAACUGCAGCUUCAGCCGGCUUCCCUCCCAUCAUAUCACCUGCCGGCGCUAAGCCCCGCCCUCAGCAGGUAUACCUCCGUCUCCUCCUCUCCUGCAGCAUAGCAUCGGAACUGCUGCGCAUCAUGAAGCGGAUCGCGCUGCUGCUGGUUCUGACCUGGGCCGCUCCGGCCGCCCACUGCUACCCCUCAGGCUUGGUGUCGGAGAGCUGCGCGGACAUGACCCCCAACCACUCCGUCGCCCCUCAGACCACCACCGCGCCGUUCACCGUCAGCGUGGAGCGAAGCGGCACUGCGCCUGGAGGACAGGUCAAAGUCUCUCUCCAGGGUCCGAGUUCUGGUCCGUUUACCGGGUUCCUGCUGGAGGCCAGAGAGCCGGGGGGCCAGUCUGCUGUGGGCUCGUUUCUACUGGGUUCUGGUCCGGCCCGGCUCCUCACUUGCUUCCAGAAACUCAACUCUGCCGUCUCCCACUCCUCUGCCUCUCCAAAGACCAACAUCCAGGUGACGUGGCAGCCGGACCCAGACAGAACCGUUGGAGCGGUCCAGUUCCAAGCCUCCUUUGUUCAAAGCUACAGAACUUUCUGGGUCGGAGUGAAAAGUCCGGUUCUGAGUCUGAAUAGGAGCCAGGCCGCGGAUACCGCCACCCUGUCUCCCGGGUCUACUCCCAUCUCCAAUGUCGGUUGCGGUUCCACCAAGCUGUGCUUCAGCCAGCCCCUAAACUGUAAUCCCUCCAUCAGCUCCAACUGCUUCUUCAUGUCAGCCAAGCUUCUGACUCCACCCGAAUCCGGGGUCCGCUAUGAGCUGUCCGGACCUGGUGAAGGAUACAUAGCUUUUGGGUGGUCAGAUGAUCAGAAGAUGGGUGAAGAUGACAUCUACAUCUGUGGCCUGAGCAGUGCUGGAGGUGUUGAUGUGCAGCGGGCCUUCUCUGUUGGACGGAAAGCUCCAACGGUUCAAUCUAAGGGAAACGUCUCAGAUAUACAGACCUCCAACCAGAACGGGGUCCUGACCUGCACAUUCACCUCCAAGAACGCCAUCUUCACUUCCAGCAGCUCCAGCUUCAGUUCCAACAAACUCUUCUACCUGCUGCUGGCCUAUGGACCCAGCACCAAUGGGACCAUCAUGCAGCACCAGAAAGCUUAUAGCAGCAGCCAACAGGUGGCGCUGACAUCUACUGAUGUGAUCCAAAGUGAUGGAAAGGAGCAGAUGAUCAGAGCCCACGGUUGCCUGAUGCUGCUCGCCUGGAUGACUUUGGGUCCGCUGGGGAUGGUGGUGGCUCGGUACCUUAGAAGAUCCAGCCAGGUCCAGAUGUGUGGCAAAGAUCUGUGGUUUGUGAUCCAUGUCUCCGUGAUGAGCUUCACCGUGGUAAUCACCAUCAUCGCCUUCAUCCUCGCCUUCACAUACCUUGGCGGCUGGGAAUACGGAGUUCAUCCGGUGCUGGGCUGCCUGGUUCUGACUCUGACGCUGAUCCAGCCCAUCCUGGCCUUGAUGCGCUGCGCGCCGCAGCAUCCAAGGAGGUUCCUGUUCAACUGGGCUCAUUUCGUCAUCGCCGUGUCUCUGAAGCUCUUAGCGGUGGCGACCGUCUUUACAGGCAUGAUGAUGAUGGACAGCAGCGGCUGGCUGACGAAGGUUCUGGGCGGGUUCACCGGCUGGGAGGCGCUGCUGCUCAUCCUGAUGGAGCUGCAAGCCAGAUGGCGGAGCGCCGCAGACGGCAGCGAUCCUGUGCAGCCUGACACGGUGGGACGGGACGUCCUGCUGGUGGCGCUCUUCCUCACUGGGAACCUGUCCUUCCUCAUCGCCCUGCUGGCUGGAAUAGGACAGGCGGUGCAUUCCUAGCAUCUGGGUCUGCUCAGCUCUCACUCUCAGGGCUCCUUCUGUUCAUCACGUUCAGCGGUGAUGCAGAGAUUAUAGUCCGUUCUGAUCCAGCUGAGGAUAAGUUACAUGUUUGUUCUAAAGCGGAGAAACUUCAGCGCAUUAAAGUCUGAGUUAGAACCAGCUGUUUGUUUAUGCAGCCAAAUAUCCCAAAAUAAAGAAAAACAACCCAAAA